GUUGAUAAGCUUGUACGAGUCUGUAUGAAUAGUGGUAACAAAGAAACAAUCAAACAUCACGUAUAUGGUGCAUUAGAAAUUAUUAAGAGACGGCAAUACAAAGCUUGGUUGAAAGCUAAGGAUGAAGAGGAAAGGAGCAAGAUUGAACUGGAUCCCUUCGAAAUUGCUAGAAAAGCGAUCAAAAAUUGUCAUCCACUCAUGAAGUUGCAAGGAGUAACCAGAGGUGGUACUACAUACCAAGUUCCAUUUCCUAUCGAGAAAGCUGAGGCAGAGUUCCGUGCCAUGAAAAUGAUGAGGGACAUAUGCCGACAGAAAGCCGCUCAUGGAGAAACACAUUUGAAGGAUAUCUUAGCAAACGAGUUACUGGCAGCAAGCCAGAACGAAGGGCUGACGAUACAAGCCAAGCAGGAGCUGCACAAGACAUGCGAAGCCAAUAGAGCAUACGCUCACUAUAGAUCAUAG